AUGAUUGAAGAAAAUGCCUUUGAUCAAGUUUUCCGUGCUUAUGUGAAAAAAGAACUUAUGGAAGAAACGUUUUCAAAUGAAGAACGACAACGUGUUCUAAUUGUAUUUUCUCGUAGGACAUUUGAAAAAGAAACAAUCGCUGAAACAUUGAAAAGUAUCGAUGUUUGGAUUUCGAUGCUAAAACGAUUAAUGAUUCGUGUAUUGAAUACUAAUGUUAGUCUUGAUGUUCCACUUCAACUCUAUCUUGAACGAACGGAUCUAUGGAGUGAUCUUGUGAGCGAUGACGAUCUUAAAACAUUCGAAGUUGAUGAUGAUAUUCUUCUUCAGCAUACCUAUGUCAUCCUAAGAGGUUUAGAAAAGAAGAAACUGAUGAAUAACAAGUCACCGCAACAGCAAAAAGUAUCAGAAAUUCAAAGUACAGAAGGGCGACAACACAAAGUUCCGACAUGGUUCAACACAACAGCUAGACCGACAACAACUCAAAAAUGA